AUGACGCAAUCCACCACCCACCCCGACGCCGACCCGUACGCUGCCCCCCGCGUAUCCUACGACACGUCCGCGCUCCCGCCGCUACCGGACGCGCGCGCCCCGCACCCCCAGUACAACCCCGGCCCUUGGGCCAACCCUCCUCGCCCGGACGGCAAACGGAGCCCGUACUACGGCGGCCUGUUUCGCGGGUGGGACGAGCACGCGCGCGCAAAGGACAACUGGGACAUCCACGUGUAUGCAAAGCCCGGGAACAAGACGGAGCGCGAGUUCUCAGCCCGCCUGCACGACGCCAUCCGCCGCGAGUUCCCCGAGGUGCACCUGUACACUUUUUACGACCGCCCCGUCGGGCCGCACCCCAUCCCGCAGUUUGAGCUCGACGUGUUCGGCUCGGACCAGCUCGGCGCGCUGUUGAGCUUCCUCGUGGCCAACCACGGGCCGUUGAGCGUGCUCGUCCACCCCAACACUGGCGACGCGCGCGGAGACCACGACCAGCGCGCGAUCUGGCUUGGGCCAAAGCUCAUCCUCGACCUCGAGUCGCUUGGCGAGCAGCCUGCCGUGCAGCUCGCACGCGAGGCGCAGGAGGCGGCAGCGGCCAAGUCAGCAAACUAG